UUAUUGUUACUGGCCUCUUGCUCGCGCUGACAGUUUACCUUUUCUACACACGCACACCUGGAUCCUGUACGUGGGCGAAAAGAAGCUGCCUAUAUAUGGUUUUCCUGCUUGUUUCUGUACAGCAAACCCCGUACACUCCUGUCCGCCAUGUUUUCGGACGACAGUCCUUAUAAGUUACAAACAAAGUAAAACCGCUACGUGAAUCAACGUCUUGGAAGAAGCGCUACAAAACUCUUCGCCCGCAAACGAAAAAACACACAAUGCAGCAUCAAACUCGCUCGCCUCCAAUCCGUCCUUGUUGAGUUGCUGCGCCAUCAUCGACACAAGCGUCAUCGCCGCUGUUGCCGUUCGCUCGAUCAGCGUAAUGUAUGUUAAUGAGUUUCUUCAUCUGCCGCGCCGUUUAGCGUACAGUGUCUCUGCACGACAGCAGCUGUAAAAACGAAACACUGAUUCUUUGCUGGAUCGAACCAUUGGUUGCUGUAAGCAUCGCAAAAGUUCCACCUGCAAACGGAGAAACGAAGGCACAAUAACCGUACGAACCGCCGUAACCACCGUUUCGUUGUGCCGAGUGAAAUCCAAAUUGUUCAUAUAAGUAUGCUCCUGAGUAUAAUCGCGAUUGCUGCGAAAACGUAGAACGUCCGAUCUGAUCUAGUCGCCGAGUUGUGGUAAUCAAAAGGUAGAUCCAGUACAUUUCACCAUUCCGAGGAAUCUACAAGCAGUUGCACUAAGAUGAAUCUACAGAAUGGGAGCGCCAACCGUGGUCUCCAUGGCAAGGAUACAGCCAAGCGCUUCUCAAUACAUGAUGCAUUCGAAGAGGAAACGGACGAAGUAAUUAAGGUAUACGGUUCGACCGUCAUCAGUACACCGAUGCGAGCGAAGGCUCGUUCACCGGACGAUGUGUCCAUAAGAAUUCACGACCAAAGCAAUCGAGCCCAUCUUAAAUACACCGAUGAUACCACCUCCAGGGAUAGUGAUUCGCUGAUACAGGAGUAUGGACACCUGUCGUCCAGCGAAUCGUACACCUACUGCUGGCGGCACCCGAAGGUGCGGGAAAACUGGCGCACGGUGUUAGCCGCGAUCGCGCUCCUGAUCAUCGGUACCGGCCUGAUAGCGAUGGGUGCGUACGCACUAGUGGAACCACACAACGGAUCGCAGGCGGCGGUGUUUUUCGUUGCUGGAUUCAUCUGCUUUGUGCCGGGUGCGUACCAUGUAGUGUACAUCUGGUUGGCAGCUCGCGGCUAUCGAGGAUUCGACUUUUAUCACUUACCACUCUUCACGUAAGUGUAACAAAAGGGUAUCGAAACGAUGAAGCAAGGAAGAUAAGCGGUAAGAGGUAAAUUCGAAGUAGAACAGUGAAAAGGGACAGUACUGAUAUGAGGUAUGAUGAGGUAAACGCGGUAAGAUUAAUUACGACAAUUUUGAAACUAACACGAUAACGAUACUUCCAGGUAUGGUCUCAAUCGGCAAAAGACUUGAAACAGUUCGAUGCACUAUGUAGUAGGAAACCACUUUGAUACCCUCAACCCGACAGUGUAGUGGAAAUGAGCUUCAAAUCGUCGGUUCUAUCUCGCGGCUUAGGUAAACAGUUUUUGCUAUUGCUAUUUGCUAUAUACUACAUUCCCUUGCCGCAUAGAGAAUGAUACCCAAAUGGUGGGAGAAGCUUUUUUCAUACAAAAAUUUACACACACACACCCACACACACCCUGGUGGAGUUGUUGAAAUAAACAUUAGUCCCAGGAGGAUGAUAUGUGAAGACUGUUGCAUGCCCGCAUACAUUUGUUGUGAGCAGCAGCGGCAGUUUAUAUCACAUGCACCGUCCAAUGCUAGCGUCUUCCACGUUAUCACACUUGAAACAAAGCUCUUUUUUUCAGUACUACAAGAAAAGGAUAAAUUAUUCGAUUGUAAAGAGCAACACGACAGUAUAAUUCCACGGCUAUAUCAUAGCAAGUAUUCUUUUACACCGUUUUCACUUUCGCUGUGAAAACUGGUUCUUUCUUUGUGUGCCAUUCUAUCAAGUUUUAUUUCUCGGGUGGAAAUAUUAAACAGAUGAUUAUGAUGAUUGAUAGAUACAAUUUUGUCCUUUGGUUUAUCUUUUGUUUUAUUAUACGCCUAUUAGAAGCGUAUUUCAUGCAAAAAGCUCAGCGUGUCAUAAUUCACUAAUGCAAAAAUAAAAUCCUUUAAGAAUAGAAAAAAAAAAUACAGCAACAUAACACAUUCUAUACACGAUCGAAAAUAGGAAUAGACGAAAACAAACUGUCCAAAACUGUGGUAAUACGGUACGUGAAUGCGAAGUUAGCAAACAAGUUUAUGAAAAACUAGUUCAUACUACAUUAUAAUUAGCUCCCUGCACACCGUUGCAGUUUAAGUGCUUAUGUAUGCUGUAAAAGGAAAUGGUAAAAGUCAGCUUAGCUUUAGUAUUUGCGGGGACUGGGCGCUCAACCUUAUAUAUAUAUAUACAUAUAUACAUAUAGUGUUAUAUACAUAUAAAAGCUGUAAAAAGAAGCGAAUCACACCCAUUCGGAACCAAUUUUUGUAUCGAUACAAUCACCUGCAAAUGUGGCACCUUCUACAUAUAGUGUGUGAUGAAAGAUAACAAUAGAACAACUAACAAUAUAAAAAAAGCUCUCUUAAAAAUGCUAAAAGUUAUCGGUUCACUGUAACGUUGUGUGCAGUAUAAACUAACAAGAUUAUACUGGAGAUUUAAAUUACAAACGGGCGUUAAUGUUAUGUGCGUUAUGGCUAAAAGAAAAUGAAAUGAAAUGUCUCAUUCGGCCAGUUAAGCAAAUAUUUGUACAACCCUUUGGUUCUGAAACAUAUGGAACUUAAUGUGCACUACAAAGCGUUGCGUUGCGUGCUUUUUUUCAUUCGUUUCAUUACACAAAACGUUAUGUGCAGAAAGUCGGAACGAAGUAGUAGUACCGAUUUGUUUCGAUCAACGCCGCACCCCAACAAUACAACUAAUUCGUAACCGUCAACUACUACUUGUGAUAAACUAAGUGGAACGGAAUAAAGAUAAUUAGGAAGCAAAAAAACGCUAUUUAGAGUAAAAGAGAUAACCGUCUCUUACGCUGAAUUGAGGUUGAAAUAAUAAUGAAACGUGCGACAAAAUCACAUUUAGCACUUAAUGGGGAUGGGACUGAAAUCAAUACAACACACAAAACAAUGUGUUAUGAGAUGCGUAACGUACGUGUACUUUACGCUACACAGAUGGUGUUUAUUGUAAUGUUUCGUUUAUUAUAUCUCUCUUGCUCAUACCAACAACCACCAUGCUUUAGUAAUGCAUUAUAUAUUUAACUAUAUUUACGUUGCUAAUAUCUACUAGUGCACUGAAUACGUAAUUGUUAACGCUACGUUAUGAAACAAAAUUUAUAUUAUCAACUAAUUUGUUUAGAACCGUAUACACAAGCAGCAAAGAACAAUAUGGAACUAUUUUAUAGUUGAUAGGAAAUAUUGGAAAUAAAAACAUUUUUCUUUUUGCAGGUAAAUCAGUAGUCUAGCAAGGCAAAAACUUAAAAUUAAUAAAAUAAACACCGUGUAAACUGAGCUUUAACAAAACCUUUUCCCCAUUGGCCACAAAAAAGGAUAAAACAAAUCGUUUAGAGUUGAAAAAUUAUAAAAUGCAAUAAAGCGAGUGCAGAAAAUAUGAAAAGAAAGUGAAACGUGGCUACAGAAGGAAAAGAUACAUUUUUUACGCGUACACUUUACAUGCACGAUAAAAUCAAAAAUACAUUUAUAUAAAAGUACAUUUUACGUCCGUUACGAAAUGAGGUGGUACUGUGCAAAGGGUGAUUGAAUUUCGGCUAGCUAAUACCGAUAGAGGAAUAAAGGAUAAUGAAAGAGAGAUUGAAAAUACUCACACAGCAGUAGAGAAACGAAAAUACACAAUAAAACACACACAUACACCCUCUUUAUACGACACUUUCCUCAAUCAAAUAUGAUAGAGAGCAACAUUGGCUGGCAUAUUAAUUAUAUGAAUUAAAAUACUUCAUUGUAAAACCGUUUGGCUGGCUUAGUAAAAUAUUAGUGCGCCUAUAGCGGUGUAUUUAAAUGACUAUUGUAUUAUUAGUACUUUGAAUAAACAGUUUUUUUAAAAAGGAA